UCACAUAUUUAUACAUACACAUCAGGAUUGGGUAAUAACUCGUUAAGAGAAGUUAAAAGUUACAUAAUUUGUCAUUGUUUAUGAGAAAACUAGUUUCUUGGAAACUGAUGUUAAGAACAAUUGCAAUUAGAAAAUCUCAUUCAGUUGAUCCUCAUAUUGAAUUCAUUAUGUGAUUUCGUCGAGAUUAUUGGGUUUUAUCUCAGAUGCAUACAUUUCGUUUACACUCUGUUUAGCUGAGCGUUAAGAGAUAUACUCGACAUUCAGAGACAAACAAGUUAUCCCUACUCUACCCACCCAUUUUGUUGUCUUCAUUUAUCGAUCAAUCGAUUUUUCGAUCGACUGAUUAUCGAUUUUUCAAUCUUAUCGAGAGACUUUUCUGAAAAUCACAGAUUGAGACACAAAACGUAUAUAACGCGCGAGAUCAAGUAAUUUAAAAGUGCAAUUACGAUAAUGCAAUGAGGCGAUAAGUGUUAAGCUAUUUCCCCACAAACUUGCAUAAGCCCAUAAGCAUAUGCACAAUCAUAAGCAUAAUAAGGGUCAAUUCAGACGAAGUUUGCAUAGCUGCAUAACCAUAUGCAUAAAGAAAUGAACCAAUCACAUAUCUAAUAAGAAAAGUGCUACACAAAUGUAUCUUUAUAUGUGUACGCAUAUGCAGCGUCGUAAAGAAAACGUUCAAUCGUCAUUGUAGAAUAAAUAUUAUCAAAUUGACAUAUAUAUAUUCCGUGGAUUUGUAAUAUUAUAUUGUGCAAUCCGUAUUACUCGACAUAUCCUCUGAAAAAUCUAAAAAUUGAAAUAUGGAAGCUGAAGAAUUAUGUGCUUUGUCAUGUUUGAGUUAUAUGUUAUACAGACGUCGUCGAUAUCGUCUAUUAAAAAAACAUAAGAGAAGAUGGUGGUGUCGUCCAAUUAAUACAUUAAGAUUUUAUCAAGGAGAUUUUGACCACCUCUUUCAAAAAUUGAAACAAGAUUCAGAUAUGUUUUUUAAAUAUACACGAAUGAAUGAAGAUACUUUUAAUUUAUUAUUAAGCAAGAUCGUAUCAUAUUUAAAAAAAUGUAAUUGGCGAGCCUUGUCUCCAGAGCAGCGUUUGAUUAUUACACUCAGGUUUCUUGCAACAGGUGACCAAAUGACAUCAAUAGCAUUAGCAUAUCGCAUUGGAUUAUCAACUGCUCAUUCCAUAGUUAAGGAAACAUGCGAAAUAAUUUCAAACGUACUUAGUACUGAAUAUCUUAAUCCACCAACAUUGAAUGAGUGGAAAAAUAUAAGCAAGGGCUUUUGGCAACGGUGGAAUUUUCCAAACACAAUUGGUGCAAUGGAUGGAAAGCACAUCCAGAUACAAGCACCACCAAAAUCUGGGAGCUUAUAUUUUAAUUAUAAGAAGACUUUUAGCUUAGUACUCAUGGCUAUAUGUGAUCGAAUAAAUAUUGUAUCCAGUACUAUUUUUAUUUUUUUAUUUCUGUAUCAAAAGUACAAAAAUAUACAUAUCUAUGUGCUGAAUUACAUAUAUAAUUAAUGUAAAACAAGUGGCAA